AUGCCGACUAAUUUCCAACGAAAUCAUCAUAAAAUUGUUUUCUGUGAAUCAUUACGUGAUCGACCACCAAAGCUUCAAGACAAUUUCAAGUAUAUUUCAUCACAACUCCAAGAUUCAUCACAGCUCCAAGAAUUUCGAGUUUUUGGAAUUGAGAGAGAUAAAGAAGAGCUACGUAAAAAACUGUAUUCUGAGAUGAAAAAAGUUGUUGGUUUAACUGUCCGUGACUGUAACAAGGCCGUGCGUAUGCUUUCAAAGAAUGAUGAGUUGAUGGUAAUCUUCUUUACUGUUGAGGACGAAGACAAUUUAGAAUGGGUAAAGGACUUGCUUGAAGAUGAUGCUUGA